AUGGAGGCAAUCUCACUCUUUGGGACGAUCCUUAGUAUCAUCACAACUUUCCGCGAUGCCUUCCCGUCCCUCGCUUCCGACGCGACCGAUUGGAAGAACUACGAAUUCUUCGACCGCGCUCGCUGGGUGAAGUUGCUCAAGAUCAUAAAAAACAUAGAAAAGUGGCAAUGGCGGUGGAUGGUGUAUUCCGAGGAGGCGGGACAGCAAGGAAGCCUGCAGUCCAAGUUCUGGGGCUCUUCCGCUUCUGAAAUAACAGAGCACGUCAAGUGUAUCCAAGACGAGGUGGCCAAGCUGCAAAAGCUGCUCAACACUCGCAGGAUUGACCGGGGAGGAGGUUGUUUCGGUGUCUUUAGGAAAAAGGGGCGGGAUGUCUUGUUCCGAUCGGGAGGCAACAUAAACAGAAUCCUCGAAACCCUUGACACGCUCGUCUUGGGCCUGGAUACGAUGAGCGACGAGGCCUACUGGCGUCUCUGGAGACGUCAAGAUUUUGGAGAAAAAGAACCACGGCCACCCGAGACCUCGGCUCUGCAUCAGUUUGGACACCAGCACCACCUGGUGAAGCUUGCCAUGCACACGUGGUUGACGUCCAACCAGCUUCGGGACUGCUGCUUGGGUAGGGGACGAAAACUCGAGUUGGAUAUCGAGCUCGACCUCUUCUUUCGCCAGCGCCCGCAUGACGGGGUAGAACCAAGAUCGCAAGUGAUUGCAGAAGCAUCUCAGACCAAAAGCCUCGGCUACACUCUCCUAGUCAGCCAACCAGACUACAUGAAUAGGAGAAAAAGAAUUCGCCUUACCCCAGACCCAGCUCGUGUGCCCGAGAGAUGCAAGACGCUUUUCUCCGAAGCCUUCGACGUCGUUUCCGGUCAUGCGGGUGGCGGUGAAGCAGGGCUCGAGCUGGUAACAAAAGGUCAACGCGUAACCAUGAAGCUAGAAGAGCUUCAGAACGUCGUUGGCAACCUACCAGAGCCUACAUCACUGCGCAGCCAACUAAGCUCGCAAUCAGCGAGGGAGUCCUUGGACGACCCAGUACGCAAGAUCGAUCAUCAAAUAUGGAAAAUGAAGCGAGCUUUCCACAUUUCCGAGUUCUGCUUGCUCUUUUUCAAGUCCAAGUGGAUGAGUUGGGUAUGUAGCUGCAAUAUCCAGGAGUAUGACCUUUCGUCUCUCGACACUACUACCAACAGCACGUUCCUCGUCGACCAGCGGUAUCUGUUUGCGGUUAAAGGCCUUAGCAGUGACGACAAGGAUGUGCCGCCAGCGGCUUGCGCUGCGGCACCAGCCACACCGAAUGGGUCGGGCAAUGGGACCGCGACGUUGAAGCCAUGUUGGUGCCAGUCGAAGCUGAGCGAUGAUCUAAAGGACAAGAAUGUGGCCUCGAGUCUGCAAAGAUACCCCCUCUUCUCACUGGGGUUGAUCUUGGUCGAGAUUGGCUUGGGACGCCCGUUACAGGAAAUCCAGGUCAACAAGGCUGUUGUUGACGUGAACUCGAUAUUCUUCGGAUACCACGACUCUUCGACCUCGGACCCAAUAGUCAAGAAAUCGCUCGAAGAAUUGAGGCCGAUUUUCAACGAUGUCUUGGUUGACGACGACGACGAUGAAGACAACAAGAGGGCGAAGAAAGCAGGAAGCGACUUCUAUUCCGCCGUCAAAUUCUGCCUCAAGUCGAGAGACCCACCAGGUGUUGACAAGACAAAACUUGAAGAAUUCUUUCUAGAGGUCGUGUGGAAGUUGCACAAUAUCCAUAAAGACUUGAUCGAACAGCGCGAUGAACUCCUGCGUAAUAAAGGCCAGCAGUUACUGCCGAGGAAACAGACACAGCAGGAGGCAUAA